AUGUCAUCAGUACAAACAGAACAUAAACAACAACAAGAGCCCCUUGACUUGAUACGAUUUCAACUUGAUGAAUACGUUAUUGUCAAAUUAAGAGGCGCUCGUGAAUUUAAAGGUAAAUUACAAGGUUAUGAUAGUCAUUGUAAUUUGGUAUUGAGUGAUGCUACAGAAACGAUAUUCUCAGAUAAGGAUGGCGUUGAACCAAUAAUAAAAAGGACAGAGAUGGUGUUUGUUAGAGGAGAUUCUGUAAUAUUAAUAAGUCCCGUUAUAGAAUAA